AGCACACAUCUUACUUUAAGGAGAAAGCAGCAGAGAGAACGGAGCAGAAACGAUGAAGCCAUACUGGAUGUUGACGGGGUUGGUCUUACAGUACAUUGUUGCUGUGACAGGAGAAAACAAGUUCGAUCCGAAUAAUGAAAUUGGUUUGACCGACAGAAUUCUGUUUCUGUUAAAUGGAACGUUUUAUGAUCUUAAAGACAAUGUUUGUGCUUUGCAGAGUAAAGUUGAUGUGCUAGAGUCCACAGUAAAUCGUUCCGACUCGCUGUCCCGUAAAUUCUCUAACGAAACGGUAAUCACAGAAAUCAGACAAAUGGUUACUAGAGAACUUCACGCGUUUAGAAAGAUACAAGAUGGAUUUGAAAAUGCAAUACGCCUUCUUCAGAAAGAGCAGGCAGACAUAAGGAUAUUGGUCAGCAGCACGUGCAGACAAGGACAUGAUAACAGUACCAAAGACAAGGAGCUUGAGGUCUGUGAGGACGGAUGGCUAACAACAUCUACAAAAUGUUAUUAUGUUUCAUUAGACAGUGAAAAAACAAACUGGGAAUCAGCAGUUACUCAUUGCGUUGGCAUUGACAGCAGGUUGGUAGAACUAAGGAAUGCCGAGGAAGCCAGUAAUUUGUUACAGCUAAUGCCAGAACGAGUCGCACUCCGUGAUUACGUCUAUACGGGGGAGAUGAGAACGGAUGAUGGAGUUUGGGCGUAUCUGAGCGAUUCGGAGCCGGUUGACGACACAGCUAGAACUUGGGCUCCAGACGAGCCCGGGGGAUCACCCCAGGAUUGCGGGUGUGUCAGUAAGGAAGAUGCCUUUAAGUUAACGGACUGCCAUUGUACAAACUUUGAACUACAUUUUAUUUGCGAAAAAUCCCGAUAGUAAAUCAGUACCUAUCGAUAUACUCUACUAUUGGUGAACUGUACAACUGGUGGACUGUACUAUUGGUGGACUGUACUAUUGGUGGACUUUACUUUUGGUGGACUGUACUAGUGGUGGACUUUACUAUUGGUCGACUCUACUAUCGGUCGACUUUACUAUUGGUCGACUGUACUAUCGGUAGACUUUACUAUUAAUCGACUUUACUCGAUAAUUGGUGGACCAUACUAUUUGUGGACUGCACUUUUGGUUAAAUCAACUAUUGUUGUAAAUUAAUAUUGGUGGACUCUAAUAUUGGUGGACAAUAGUAUAAGUGGACUCUACUAUUGGGCGACUCUACUAUUGGGCGACUCUACUAUUGGGCGACUCUACUAUUGGGCGACUCUACUAUUGGGCAACUCUACUAUUGGGCGACUCUACUAUUGUAGAACUCUACUUUUGGGCGACUCUACUAUUGGGCGACUCUACUAUUGGGCGUAUUGGGCGACUCUACUAUUGGGCGACUCUACUAUUGUAGGACUCUACUAUUGUAGGACUC